AGAGAGAGAGAGAGAUGAGAGAAGAAGUUAUCAGCUCCGGCGGCACCGUUGAUCCCACACCUGCUGCCAGUUCUGCUGGCGCAUCGUCUGCAGCUGUUCCAAUGAAUGUUGGCAGCAUAGAUGGGUCAAGUCAUGGACAAGGCUCUAAAGCUGCUUCUCUCUCAUGUGUUGGCUCUCAACAACCAUGGACUUCCCUGAGCACAAGUGCUGUUGGCUCUGGUUCUUCAAGAGCUUCAUGUAGACCCUGGGAGAGAGGGGAUCUAUUGAGGCGAUUGGCUACAUUUGUUCCUUCAAGUUGGCUUGGAAAGCCUCAGAUCAUCAAUUCAUUGGCUUGUGCUCAGAAAGGUUGGAUGAGUGUUGGUGUAGACAAAGUUUCCUGUGAGUCAUGUGGUGCUUGCCUGAAUUUUACAUCAUCAUCAUCUUGGACAUCAGCUGAAGCUCAACGUGCCAGCGAAUCCUUUGCCAGGCAACUGGAUUUUGGGCACAAAGUGAAUUGUGCCUGGAGAGGAAACAGCUGUCCAGAAAGCCUAGUACAGUUCCCUCCAACACCCCAAUCUGCAUUAAUUGGUGGCUACAAGGAUAGAUGUGAUGGACUUGUACAGUUUACCUGUCUCCCUGUUGUAGCAAUCUCCGCAAUUGAGUUGAUGUGUGUUACUCGAGGUCCACAGAUUGAGCGAUUUUUGUCCCAGCUUCAGAAUUUCGUGUCAGGAGAAGCAAACUUUAAACAGGAGAUUAUAUCAGAGCUUGAAAACUCUCAUGAGGAGGCACACUGCUUAUUUUCUCGUUCUCAAAAGCUUAUAAGCCUUUGUGGUUGGGAACCCCGGUGGCUUUUAAAUGUCCAGGAUUGUGAAGAGCACUCUGCUCAAUCCGAAAGGAAUGGAUAUUCUUUUGGCAAGAAUCAACUUCAUCGUACUCAAGAUCCAGGGCUGAAAGCAGUUUCUGCUUGUGCUAAAAGGGACGCCAGAAAGGGAAAGGCUUCUCUUAAGGAGUCUAGAUUUGACUGUAGGUCCCCGUUGCUUGACUGUAGCUUAUGUGGUGCUACUGUUAGAAUUUUAGAUUUCUUGACUGUUCCUCGUCCUGCUCGUUUUGCACCGAAUGCCAACAGCAUAGAUAUUCCUGAUACCAGCAAAAAGGUAGGAUUGACUCGUGGAGUGAGUGCAGCUAGUGGAAUAAGCGGUUGGGUUGCAGCUGAUGAUGCCGAGAAAGAUCAGGUCGAAGACCGUGAUGAAGUUGCAACAACAAAUGAGGGUAAACUGUUGGCAAACUCUGAUUUGGAUUUGAAUCUUACUAUGGCUGGAGGGUUUUCUUUUACUCCUUUUGGAAGGACAGCAACAUCUGAAAAUACUCAUGAUGAAGAUAUGGGAAGGGAUUUGAUGAUUGGCCAGCCUUCAGGCAGUGAGAUUGGUGACCGCGCAGCUUCAUAUGAAUCACGAGGGCCAAGCUCUCGUAAGAGAAAUCUUGAAAAAGGGGGAAGCUCAGAUGACAGGCCAGUUCCCAGGUUGCAGCAGCAGGCUGAUAGUGUUGAAGGAACUGUGAUUGAUCGUGAUGGUGAUGAAGUCACAGAUGGUGGACAAUAUUCAGCUGGUCCCUCAAAACGUGCCCGUGACUCUGAUAUUUUUGACACACAUUCUUCACCACAUCAAAGAGACUCAUCUGGUGCUGGUCCUAGUCAUUCGAUGGGUUUUGAUGCUUAUGCUUCUGGUGCUCGAGUUUCUUCAUUGCAUCAAGGUAAUGACCGCAUAAUCGGAAUCCAAUCAGCUAGAGACUCAACCCGUGCAUCAUCUGUCAUUGCAAUGGAUACAGUAUGUCAUAGUGUAAAUGAUGAUUCUAUGGAAAGUGUUGAAAAUUAUCCUGGAGACCUUGAUGAUGCCCACUUCCCCUCCUCUAGCACCCAUGGCAAUGUGGACAUGAAUGAAACAUCAGAACUGAAUAACAGCAAUCUAGCUCAACAGAGUACUUGUUUUCAAACAGCAACUGAAGCUGUCCCUGGUGAAGUGGGUGUCAGUAGUACAAACUAUGGGGAAGAACUUUUCAAUGCAGAAACUGUGACUGCUCCAGCACGAGAUGGAAUCAGUUUUGGAAUUAGUGGAGGCAGUGUUGGAAUGUGUGCUAGUCAUGAAGCUGAAAUCCAUGGAGCAGAUAUAUCUGUGCACAGAGCUGAUAGUGUUGUUGGCGAAAUGGAGCAUAGAGUAGAAGAUGCUGAAAAUCAGGGACAAACUGAUGAAUCUGUUCCUGAUCCAGGUCUAAUGGAUGAGAUUGUCCCUGAUGAUAUUAACAGGGAAGGUCCUGUUGGAGAUAGCCAGGAGAUGAUGUCUCACUCUGCAGGAAGGGCAGACAGUGGAUCGAAAAUUGGUUGUUCUACAAAGGCAGAAUCUGUUGAAAGUGGUGAAAAGAUUAGUCAAAACCGCAAUGUACCACCUGCUACCAGUAGUCAUCCAUCUCAUUCUUGCAAUGCUAAUAUAUAUUCUGCUUGUGAAAAUACCAAGGAAGAGAUCAUUAAGGAUAGUAAAUCAUCAUUCACCAACAAAAGUGGCCUCGAACCAGAUUUUGCUUUAGCAAAUGGGAUAGGGCCUCCAAAAGGUGAAAGUAAUUAUGAAGGUGGUGUAGAAUUUGAUCCUAUUGCCCAUCACAACCAAUAUUGCCCUUGGGUGAAUGGCAAUGUUGCUGCUGCUGGCUGUGCUAAUUCUGUUCCAAGCACUAGCAGUGAUGCAAUUGCACUCUGCGGUUGGCAGCUGACAUUAGAUGCUUUGGAUGCUUUGCGGUCUCUUGGGGACAAUGCAAUUCCAACUGUACAAUCUGAGUCUGCUGCAUCCCUUUACAAGCAGAAUGAUCAGCAAGCACCUUCUCAAAAGCUCCUUCGCAACCACUCUAUGAGCAGAAGUCAUGGUCAACUCUGAGAUUGGUGUGCUUUUUGAUUAUUUCCAUUUGCUUGAUGUCAAGGCAUGCUACUCUAGGUAUAUUUCAAAGUCUCUGGGUAGAGAUUUACGAGGGUCUAGCAGACUUUUUGCUUUUUUUUUUUCUCUUUUGCUGUUUCUGUGCAAAUAAUCGUAUACAGAUAAAUAGAUAAAUCGGUUGUUCAGCAGAACUUAUAGAUCUCGUGCAUUAAUCUGCAUGGUUAAUUAAUUAUGUAGAAGACUAAAGCUUUUAUGGAACAACUUCAGUUUGCUUCGAGAUUCCUAGUUAGAGGCAUUUAAGUGUAAAUACUGUGAUGAUGUAUUUGCUUUUUAUAAUAGUUUUCUGUUAUUUGUUCCUUUUAUUUA